AUUUUCAGUUGUUAGGAAUUGUAUAAAUGAUGGAUAGGUGGUCUGGUAAAGUUGCUAUCGUCACUGGAGGCUAUGAAGGCAUUGGUGGAGCAACUGUUAAAAAGUUGGUCAGUCAUGGAAUGAAAGUGGUUGGUUGUGCAAGAAAUGAGGAAAAACUGAAACAAAUUGCAUCGGAAAUCAACGGGAAGGGUCAAGGAGAGAUGUUCCCUUUCAAAUGUGAUGUCACAGAUGAAUCCAACAUUCUAGAAAUGUUUAAAUUUGUGAAGGAAAAGUUUGGAGCAGUACAUCUGCUGGUUAAUAAUGCUGGGAUAGCAUUUGAUUCUCCAAUAUCAUCGGGAGACUCACAGAAAUGGAAGAGAAUCUUGGACACCAAUGUUCUUGGUCUCAGCAUCUGUUCCCGUGAAGCAGUACAACUAAUGAAAGAGACUGGAGUCGACGAUGGGCAUAUAGUUAAUAUCAACAGUGUGGCUGGUCACAGGGUAGUGGACAAGCCAAUGUAUGCUGCAUCUAAGUUUGCAGUCACUGCUCUUACUGAAGGUCUAAGAAAGGAGCUUCGUUCUGCAAAUACUCAUAUUCGUACAACUUCAAUUUCACCAGGCUAUGUCAAAACGGAAAUUUUUCACAAAAUUUACCCAGACGACACUGAACGCGUCGAAAAAUUGCUGAAAUCUGUUAAAUGCUUGGAAGGUGAAGAUAUUGCUGAUGCUGUGCUGUAUGCAGUGUCCGCACCUGCUCAUGUUGAUAUUAAUGAGAUUAUCAUACGACCUGUUGAGCAAGCCUUGUGUAGGGUAAAAAUGGAUAGGUGGUUAGGUAAAGUUGCCGUUGUGACUGGUGCCUCUGUUGGAAUUGGUGAAGCAAUCGUUAAAAAGUUGGUUGGUCAUGGAAUGAAAGUAGUUGGUUGUGCAAGAAAUGAGGAAAAACUGAAGCAAAUUGCAUCGGAAAUCAACGGGAAGGGUCAAGGGGAGAUGUUCCCUUUCAAAUGUGAUGUAAAGGAAGAAACACAAAUUUUAGAAAUGUUUAAAUUUGUUAAGCAGAGCUUGGGCAGUUGCCAUGUUUUAGUUAAUAAUGCUGGAUUGGGACACAGAGCAUCACUGUUGUCUGGCAAAACAGAGCAAUGGAAAGAAAUGCUUGAUGUUAAUGUUCUUGGGUUGUCAAUUUGCACACGAGAAGCGAUUCAAUUGAUGAAGGCAACUAAUGUAGAUGAUGGUCACGUAAUUAACAUAAACAGCAUGUCUGGUCAUAGAGUGUCAGGCAUGAUUUUCUAUUCUGCAACCAAGUUUGCUGUGACUGCCUUGACUGAAGGAACAAGGAAAGAGCUGCGUGAAAUAGACUCUCAAAUAAGAGUCACUGCUAUUUCGCCAGGAGUGGUGGAGACAGAAUUUGCAUACAGAUGCAACAUAGCUGAUCCAACGAGAGCCAAAGAUUUGUAUUCUAGUAUGGAUUGUAUAAAAUCUGAAGACAUAGCAGAUUCUGUUGUGUUUGCUUUGCAAGCUCCACCCCAUAUGGAUGUAAAUGACAUUCAUAUUCGACCUACACAACAGAAAAUGUAAAAUCGAUUUGGUGGAUGAAAUAUAUCAUAUAUAUGUGCGAUAAUUCUUCAGACAAUUGAAAUUUGUAACACUUUGUACUUUAUUUGCUUAUAUUUAUUCCAUUCGCAUGUUUUUAAAAUGCAAAACAUACAAUCGUGUUCUGAGUACUUUACUUGAAUUCAAUAACUGCUGAUUUCAGA